CCAUGCUCCAUGUUCUCUUUCCUUUCAGGGUGUGUUCACACUUGAUAUAUUUGGUUCAAACUAUUUUUCUGUUUUUAAUAAAUGCGUUUUUUUGGGUUUUUUUUUUUUGAAAACCUGAUGUGGCCCAGCCUUGCCCAGACCCUAGCUCCAGUGGCCCCCAGGUAAAUUGAGUUUGAGACCCCUGACCUAUAUGCUGUCCUUGAUCCCAUUGUAAGAAUGCCACUUAUAUAGGACAAUACAAACUAAUCACACCGGGGAGCCAAAUCCAAAGAUUUUCUACAGCGUUUGUGAAGCUACACAUUAAUGACCCGCUAUUAACAUGUCACAAUGGUUUGUGUGUUCCUACUGUAACCCAUGUCAUGCAACGACCCUAAUGAGGAGCAGUCAUAUGACUUGGUCAGCUGACGUGAGGUCCCUCUCCUGAUUCGCUGUCGGUGCUGGAAGGAAGCGCUAAAGGGCCAGCAGGUGCAGGCAAUCAGCGGCUCCUUCUGUGGGUGGUCAACAAGCGGCAUGCUGACAACCAUUUUUUUUUUUAAAUCAAACCUAAAGAAAACAACUUUGCGGUAAGCUUUUCCCUUUCACCGGCCACGUUUGAGUCCGCUACAUGUGUAUUUAUAUAUGUCUUAACUGCUAAACGCAUUGCUAGCCAGUAAAGUGGGAUGAAUGCCACUUAUUAAUGCCAAUUAUUAUAAUUGACUAUGGCCAAAAAAUGUAAUUUUUUGGAAUGUUUACCGGUACAUUUUGUACAUUUUGACUGACAUGUUGAUGCCUGUUUAGGUCAAGUUUUUCGACGGCUUUGGAUCUACACCAAGAAGUGGCAGUGAACAGAGAGAGCUCAACUCUGUCGCGUCUGAGCUGGCGGGUCGACAAGAGGAGAGUGAAGACUGCCAUCGACAUCUGGUAGAACUGAGCAGGGAGUUCAGGAGAAAUGUACCGGAGGAAGUCCGGGAGAUGGUGGCACCAGUUCUCAAGAGUUUCCAAGCCCAGGUGGUCGCUCUGAACAAACGAAGUAAGGAGGCUGAGUCUGCAUUCCUAGGUAUCUACAAACAGCUUAUUGAAGCCCCAGAUCCGGCUCCUGUACUGGAGGCCACGCACACCCUGGAGGAAAGGCUGCAGCAGCUUCAGGGUUCAACCCCGGACAGCGAGGCACUGGUACGAGAGAUCAGCGUUCACUGGAAGAAUCACCUGGAGUGCCUUGAAAAGACAGAGCCCACUAACAACGGUGCUGCACACCCAGCGGAGACGGGGGACCCAUUAGGGUCUACCUCUCCAGGUUCUCAUAUGACCCCCAACAGCACGCUGGCUCCAGGAGCCCCAGGCUCUCCACAGGAGAUCUACCAGGACCAAGCUGAAGGACAAGGGGAGGAGGAGAAUGCUGGUGUUAGUUUGGCUGACAGACUGUCAGAGGCAGAGGAGAAAAUCAAGGUUCUGCACUCGUCUUUGGACACUGCACAGACAGAGCUACUUGACCUGCGGUGUAAAUAUAACCAAGAGAUGACAAACAAGGCAGACGAAAUGAGCACCAUCAUGUCCAAACUUGAGAAGGCAAACCAGCGAGCAGAAAUGGCCCAGCAGGAAGUGGAGAGGCUAAAGGAGCAGUUAGCCAGCGGCCCUCGCCCGGAAGAGGGCUCCAGCAAGGAAACCAGUGAGAAGGUUGAGGUGGCACCUUCCGAACUGGAGGCCACUCUUCUUGCGAAAGAUCGUGAAAUCAUUCGUCUCCUUGAAAAUAUUCAGCGACUGCAGUUCACCCUCCACGAGGUUCAAGAAACGUCGGCCAAUCAGAUCAUAGAACUGGAGCGACAGCUGGCCUACAAGACGGAAGCUAUCGAGAGAUUAGAAGCUAAACUGAGAUCCCAAAUGGAUUAUGAAGAGAUUAAAACUGAACUCAGUAUCCUAAAAGUGAUGAAACUGGCAUCUGCAAAUGGCAACUCAUCCCAGGACUCCGCUAAGGCCACGGAAGCGCUUUUACUGGAUAAAGAGGAAUUUCUUCCAUCGCACAAAUACCUGAUGGAGAAGGCCCGCAUUUUGCACAGCACUGAUGAUGACCACUCCGAGGAUGGAGCCAGAGAGACAGGCAGGCCACCCGGAUCCAACUCAUCGUCAUCUCAGGUGGACGGCCGAGCCUCGCCCAGUCCCGGUCCUCCAGUCCUGGAUGGCUUCUCCUCCAGCCACGAUCUGCCCCGUCCCUUCUCUGUGUCCCCAUGCUCUGGGGACCACCUCCUCCACAAGCAUCUUCUCUCCCCACAUUUUAAAAAGGAGAGCCAUAUGGCUUUUCCCACUGCGCUGUACGCGGCCAAGGUCGCCCUAAUGUCAUCCACUCAAGGGUCAGGGAGUAGCGACCCGGGUUUGCCCAGUGACCAGUCUGAAAGCGGCGGAUCAACUGCAGGGGAUGAUGACCAAAUAGACACUGCGGAGAUUGCUUUCCAGGUGAAGGAGCAGCUACUGAAGCAUAACAUCGGCCAGCGUGUGUUUGGCCACUACGUGCUCGGCCUCUCCCAAGGCUCAGUCAGCGAGAUCCUGGCCAGACCCAAACCCUGGAGGAAGCUGACCGUCAAGGGCAAAGAACCGUUCCUUAAGAUGAAGCAGUUCCUUUCUGAUGAGCAGAACAUCCUGGCGCUGAGGACCAUCCAGGUUCGCCAAAGAGGGAGCAUCACUCCACGCAUCCGAACUCCAGAAACUGGGUCAGACGAUGCCAUCAGGAAUAUCCUGGAGCAGGCCAAGAAGGAGAUCCAGUCACAGAGGGGAGGGGAUUCCAGGACAUCGGUGAACACCACCUUGAGCAGAAGCAGCAACGGAACCAGCAACAGCUCUGACGAAACCAUUAAAAACAUCCUAGAACAGGCCAGGAGGGAGAUGGAGUCCCAGCAGCAGACCCUGGUGGACAUGGAUGGCUGUGGAAGAACCUCAACAGUUGGCACCGCAGCCCAAGUGGAACGAUUGGGUCCUCCUGAGUGCUCCAGGGGCCUGCCUUUGCCUAUCUCCAUCAAACAAGAAGAAGGGGGCUGCGUUACUGUUUGCAUGGCCAAUUCCAUCAGCAGUCCCCAGACGCCCCUCAGCGUCCUCUCUCCAGCUGCGUUUGUUCAGAACAUCAUUCGCAAAGUCAAGUCCGAGAUCGGAGAAGUCGGCACCUACUUCGACCAGCACUGGGCUCAGGAGCGGGGGUCGAUGGGGCUCUCCGGUGUGGGUAGCUCUCGACCCUUUAAUUCCAUUUCUCCGUCUGUGUCGUCCUCGUCUUCUGGUCCUUCUGUUCUGACUCGACCCUGGCCCCGCCUGGAGAACGGUGAGUGUCUUAGCGAGGAGGCUUCCGCCCCUGAAGAGGAGUUGGGGCUGAGUCGACCCAUGGAGGUGAAGGUGGAAUCGGACACAUCAGUCAGCGGCGAGUCCCCAGGCCCGAGUCCCGGGCGGCUUUCUUACUACCCAGCAUAUGUUCCCCGAGCGUUGAAGCCCACCGUCCCGCCGCUGACUCCAGAGCAGUACGAAUUGUACAUGUACCGAGAGGUCGAUACCAUCGAGCUAACCAGGCAAGUGAAAGAGAAGCUGGCGAAGAACGGAAUCUGCCAGAGGAUCUUUGGUGAAAAGGUGCUUGGGCUUUCUCAGGGGAGUGUGAGUGAUAUGCUGUCACGGCCCAAACCCUGGAGCAAACUGACCCAGAAAGGCAGGGAACCUUUCAUUCGCAUGCAGCUCUGGUUACUUGAUCAGCUCGGACAGACCCUCAACCAGACCCCCAACCAGGGCCACACUAAUGAUAAAAGUCCGGUCAUGACCCAGUCUUUGCCCUCCCCACCCGUGAGCCCCGCUGAGGGUCACGCCAGUCCGCUGGUGGAGCCGAUAAGCCUCUCCCUGGAAAGCAGUAAGGAGAACCAGCAGCCCGAGAGCCUGGUUCUGGGGCUGCCUUCCCAAACGGAAGGAGGCAAGUCCACCCCCAGUCUUAUGGGCCAGCAUCACCCCAGUCACCCACUUGGCAUCCAGGAACUGGUGGCCAUGUCUUCUGAGUUGGACACCUAUGCAAUCACAAAGAAAGUCAAAGAGGUCUUAACAGACAACAAUCUAGGUCAGCGUCUUUUUGGGGAGACCAUUCUGGGUCUGACUCAAGGAUCUGUCUCUGACCUGCUGUCCCGGCCCAAACCUUGGCACAAACUCAGCCUAAAAGGCAGGGAGCCAUUUGUCCGCAUGCAGUUGUGGCUCAACGAUCCUCACAAUGUCGACAAACUGAGAGCGAUGAAGAAGAUGGAGAAGAAAGCGUACCUGAAAAGGCGUUACGGGCUAUUGAGCACGGGUUCAGACAGCGACUCGCCCAGUACUCGCUCCGAAUGCGUCAGCCCAGCCUUGUCCUCGCUAGACCUGUGCUCUUACGGCCAGGUGAAGAAGCCGCGGGUGGUGCUGGGAGCGGUGGAGAAAGAAACCCUUCGGAAGGCUUACCUCCUGGAACCGUACCCCUCGCAGAACACCAUCGAGAUGUUGGCGUCCCAGCUCCAUCUCAAAACCAACACUGUUAUCAACUGGUUCCACAACUACAGGUCCAGGAUGAGGCGUGAGGUGCUCAUGGAGGGCCUGCCAGAUGACACGGAUGCCGAGCACCACAGCUACUCUCCUCCAGCGACACAGAGUCCUCACUCGGACGGGGAGGACAGGAGGCCGCCGCAGCCGCCCUCAGGACACAACCGUUCCAGCCUUCCUCCAAGCGCCAACGCUGCUCCACAUCCUUUCGUGAAACAGGAGGCGGUACUAGACGGGGAGAACGAGGGAACGGUGGGGGCAGGGUGCUCGGUGAGACCUUCGAGAGCUCAGUGUGAGUUCCCGCAGUUGAAAAGCGAGCAUGAGGAACCUGCCAUCAGCUGCUGUGAGACCAUCUUAGCUGGCCAGAGCAUGAAGAAGGAGGAGGAAAUGAUCAGUCAGCCCGCGCUUUAUGCUUCCAUAGACGCCCCCCAGAGAGCAUCCCAGUCCAGGCACGACGGAGAAGACUCCGGAAAGUCUCCCAUCGACCCGGUGAGCUUCAAGGCCUCGUCAGAAGCCUGCCGCAGCAGCUUAGAGGUCUCUCUAAACUCCCCGUCUGCCGCGUCCUCACCCGGUCUUAUGAUGUCGGUUUCUCCCGUGCCGUCCUCUUCUGCGCCGAUAUCUCCCUCGCUCCCGACGCCGCCCUCCACGAGCACCAAUCACAGCCUGGACCCCAACCCGCCGCCUCCUUUCCAGAGCCCCAAGCUUAACAGAAGCAGUCAGAGACGCAAUGAGAAAAUGGCUAACCUCAAUAACAUCAUCCAUAGGUUAGAGAGAGCAGCCAAUCGAGAAGAAACACUGGAAUGGGAGUUUUAAAGUAGCAAAUAAAAACUCGGAAUGGAGCCUGGCUCCGGAAGGACCGGAAAUGGGAACACAUAGCAAACACGAUGCUGGAUUCCCUUCAAGAUCUUCAAGUUGGAGAUAGAAAAUUUCUAAGUGGUGUUUGUUUUUUGGGUUUUUUUUUGUAACUGUACGACAGCACUAGCUGUAUUUUUGUCUUUUUUUUUUUGGACUGGACAUGGAGACUUCUAGCCUCGAGACUCGAGACUUGAGACUUGCAGCUACGGUGUCAUAAAGAUGCGCACCGAAAAUCCUGUAGAUUGCCACUUGGUGAGAUUAAAAAAAAAAAAAAAAAAAAAAAAAAAAAAACAAGACUCCUGUCUUAAAGCCAUGAAAAGCACUAUUUGAAAAAAAAAGACAUUGACCAAAUUUGCUACUUUUUGCAUAGCAAUUUUUCAGAUUUUCUUCAUCUUUAAAGAUGCGACUGAACAUGAAAUCAUUUUACCGAUCGAGGGAUAGUCCUUUAAGACUCUAAAUAUUCCACAUUCUCGUAUGUAAUUAGUUCCUUGGUGAUAUGUUUGAAGAUAUUUGUAACUCACACGUAUAAAAAAAAAAUGUGUUUGUACAUGUUGUAGAAUUGUCUGCAAUAGCCUUUCUCUGAAAAACCCAUGUAGCAUGGUACUCACCUGACCCUCUUAUUCUCCGUAGUUAGUCACCUGUGCUUAUUACUUGAGUGAAAACAAGAGGAAGAAAAAAAAAAAAAGAAAAAUAACAAGGGGGGGUACUUUUAAAUGAUGUUGUUUGCUCUGAUUCUACAAACGGUUGAUGAGAGUUACACUUGAGGACCCACAUGCGUAGCGUAGCCGGUAUCGCGUACAGCACACACAAGCACAGUUUACAUGAGUUAUUAGUUAUUAGAUUAAUUUUACUAUAAUUCUCAUGUCCCUUUAAGGCAGUGUUUCCCAACCUUUAUGCAGCCAUCGUACUGAUUUGAUAAUACCCCAAACAAAAGAUACUACAGUUGACUGACUCGAGUCAUUCACUGAAGUGAAUCGGGUAUUUGAUUCGUUCGAGGUAAAGGUCACAUGUGCAAAUUCUUACUCGUGUUUCGUUCCCCAUGUGUCCGAUUUGUACCGGAUUUAAUGACAAGUAAGCUGACAAGAUGAGUACCUGUGAGUCCCUCUUGCAGCUCAUGCAUUUCUAUGGAGAAAUACUCAAGUCACAGGGCAUGCCCAGAAACUCAAAUUCCACCUCAUACACACAACUUUUGCACCCAACAUUUGAUUCGUUCAUUCAUUUUAUACCGCUUAUCCUCACAAGGGUCGUGGGGGUUGCUGGAGCCUAUCCCAGCUGUCUUCGAACGAGAGGCGGGGUAUCACCAGCCAAUCACAGGGCACAUAUAGACAAACAACCAUUCACACUCACAUUCAUACCUAUGGACAAUUUGGAGUCGCUAAUUAACCUAGCAUGUUUUUGGAAUGUGGGAGGAAACCGGAGUACCCGGAGAAAACCCACGCAUGCAUGGGGAGAACAUGCAAACUCCACAGAGAGAUAGUCGAGGGUGGAAUUGAACUCGGGUCUCCUAGCUGUGAGGUCUGUGCGCUAAACACUCGAUCACCAUGCAGCCCAUUAGCAUUUUUCAAUUUACCAAACAUUAAUAGGGUGGCGCUAAGAGACCCAAGUUCAAUUCCACCCUCAGCCAUCGGUUUUCGCUGGGUAUUCCGGUUCCCCCCACAUUCCAAAAACAUGCUAGGUUAAUUAGCGACUCCAAAUUGUCAUAUAAACAUUCGCAAACAAUUUAGUCAAACAACCAUUCACACUCACAUUCAUACCUAUGGACAAUUUGGAGUCGCUAAUUAACCUAGCAUGUUUUUGGAAUGUGGGAGGAAACCGGAGUACCCGGAGAAAACCCACGCAUGCACGGGGGAGAACAUGCAAACUCCACACAGAGAUGACCGAGGUUGGAAUUGAACCCCGGUCUCCUAGCUGUGCCGCCUGUUGCGGACCAUUCAUUCAUUCAUUCAUUCAUUGUCUACUGUUUUUUCCUCACGAGGGUCGCGGGGGUGCUGGAGCCUAUGCCAGCUGUCUUCAGGCGAGAGGCGGAGUACACCCUGGACUGGUCGCCAGCCAAUCACAGGGCACAUUUCGUCAAACAACCAUUCACACUCACAUUCAUACCUAUGGACAAUUUGGAGUGGCUAAUUAACCUAGCAUGCUUUUGGAAUGUGGAGAAAACCCACGCAUGCACGGGGGAGAACAUGCAAACUCCACACAGAGAUAGCCGAGUGUGGAAUUGAACCCCGGUUUCCUAGCUGUGCCGCCUGUUGCGGACCAUUCAUUCAUUCAUUCAUUCAUUUUCUACCGCUUUUUUCUCACGAGGGUCGCGGGGGGUGCUGGAGCCUAUCCCAGCUGUCUUCAGGCGAGAGGCGGAGUACACCCUGAACUGGUCGCCAGCCAAUCACAGGGCACAUAUAGUCAAACAACCAUUCACACUCACAUUCAUACCUAUGGACAAUUUGGAGUCACUAAUUAACCUAGCAUGUUUUUGGAAUUUGUGAGGAAACCGGAGUACCCGGAGAAAACCCACGCAUGCACGGGAAGAACAUGCAAACUCCACACAGAGAUGACCGAGGGUGGAAUUGAACCCUGGUCUCCUAGCUGUGCCGCCUGUUGCGGACCAUUCAUUCAUUCAUUCAUUCAUUCAUUCAUUCAUUUCCUACCGCUUUUUCCUCACGAGGGUCGGGGGUGCUGGAGCCUAUCCCAGCUGUCUUCGGGCGAGAGGCGGGGUACACCCUGGAUUGGUGGCCAGCCAAUCACAGGGCACAUUUCGUCAAACAACCAUUCACACUCACAUUCAUACCUAUGGACAAUUUGGAGUCGUUAAUUAACCUAGCAUGUUUUUGGAAUGUGGGAGGAAAACCGGAAUACCCGGAGAAAACCCACGCAUGCACGGGGAGAACAUGCAAACUCCACACAGAGAUGGCCGAGUUUGCAUGUGCCGCCUGUUGCGGACCAAUGAAGUGAAAUUGGAUUAUUCCCAUGCUGUACACCCAAUGAUCUAACAUGGCGGUUGGGAAUCACUGCUCUAUGGUUGACCUGAGAAUAUCUUAAUGCCCAUCAUGCAUUUGACCAUACGCUUUCUUCUAUUUCAUGAACACAACUCGUGCUUCUUUGAACGAAUAACGUUGGAACCACGCCAUGUGCAUUUGACAAACAAACAUCAACUUUUAUUAUUUUCAAAAGAAGGGAGCCACAGGAACUCCCUUCUAGGUGAUCUUCCUCCAAGCUUACACCUGACUGAGUGCACUUUCUCCAAAACGGAUCAUGUACUGUAGCUAGAAUAAUAAUAAUAAUAAUAAUAAUGUAUACUUGAUAAAAUAAAAAAAAAAACACCUCAACCUCGAACGCAUCAUGCAUGUUUUUACGUACGACCCGACACUGCAGAGAGCAUGAUCAUUAUGACAGUAUGACCUCAUCCACGUGGAAACAUUCAGUUUGGAAGUUAAUUAUCCUCGCUUAUUAUCGUUGUGUUUUUGUGUUGGUAUACCAGUUAUUUGUCAUGCUUGCAAAAAUGUUCUUUUUUUUUAAUGUAUUUUUGCUUCUAUUUUAUAUUCGGAAACCACAAUUUAGAUUACUUACAGCACUUAGAUAACGAUGAGGACUCGAUGUCAGAUAUCAGCAUUAUUAGUAUCCAAGUCCUUUCAUUGACUGUAUUGUGGAAGUUGGUAGUAAACACUUGGAUUGUAUUACGUAGAUAUAUAUAUAUAUAUACAUAUAUAUAUGACACCAUUACAUAAAAUAAUAUCUUCAAUUCUUGACUAGAAUGAAACGCUUAUAAUGGAUGGUCCGGUCUAGCUUGCCCACAUUUAAGAUGUUCUCUCAGGGUAGCCUUGCUUUCUCUAAAGCUUUACUCAAAACCGCCGUCCUCGUCUUUGGUGGAAAAACAAGAGAGUGACGCAAUCGCAGACGGACCACUUGAAGUACUGCAACUCUCAGGGGGAGUCGUUGCAAGUUAAAAUGAAGCUCCGUCAAUGUGUCAUAAAUUGAACCU